AUGAACGAAACUGUUUCUUUGCGCGUCCGCCAAAGAGAAUGGUUCCCAACCGGACAUCUAUGGCUUCCUCUACGCCUGAGAGAGUUGUCGGCCGACGCCUCGUCCACAAUGAUGAGCCCCGACCUCGAGUCCCCGAUCCACCGUGAGAGUAUCAAGGUCCACGUACCCUCAAACUUAGCGAUGAUAGUCCUAGGCUCGAGCAUCACUGAACCGCCUGAUUGA